CAGAUGGUCGUCUGUUCCUCAAGUUUGGCGAUGGCUGAAGGAGGAACUGCCUUGCCAUCUCUGCAAGAGCAGAAAAAUGUCAUUUUUAAGCUUUCACAAACACCUUUGAAAACAGGGGCCACUUGGUACCUGAUUGAUACUGUGUGGUUCAAGCAGUGGAAGCGCUAUGUGGGAUAUGAAGAAAGGGAUACGGCACUGAUGGGCCAGCCUUCGGCAUUCCCUGGCCCCAUUGACAAUUCUCCUCUUAUGAAAGAGGACGACAGCGGUGACAUCAACGACCAGAUGCUGGACUCAGUCGACUACGAGCUGCUGCCGGAGGAGGCCUGGAACCGUCUGCAGCAGUGGUACACUCUCGCCGCCGGCCAGCGGCCCAUCGCUCGCAAGGUCAUCGAGAGUGGUGUUUUUAUGAAGCAAACUAAAGUGGAAGUGUACCUUUUGGAGUUGAAGCUAUGCGAGAACUCUAACUUGGACCAUCAGAUAACGAAGGCAUUUAGUAAAGAAGACACUAUUGGUGACCUGGAGCGGACGAUGCGCGAGCUGUUCGACGCGCCAACCGGGCGCGAGUCGCGCGUCUGGAAUCGCUACACGACCAACACGUACGAGCAGCUGGCCGACCGGCAGGCCACCAUCAGCAGCGCCGGCCUCUAUGUCGGCCAGAUCAUCGUGCUGGAGGUGCAGAACGAGGACGGCACCUGGCCGCGACCUCGACCUAGCUCCUCCGGCGCGCUCAGCUCGCUCUCCAACGGCUCCAUGGACACCAGGUCCACCUCGUCUUCCAUGAUGACUCGAUACGGCUACGGCUCGGCCUCGCCGUCGGGCGGCGGCCACAAGCCGGGCUGUGCGGCCUCUCCAACCUGGGCAACACGUGCUUCAUGA